AGCGUGUCAGUCAGCCAGAGAGUGAAAACGCUCAAACCCAAACCCAGCUGACGCUGCUCAGCUCUCACGCAGAACAGGACGUGCGAGAGUGAUGCUUAUGCAGCGCUCCGCGCUCGCACCAGGCAGAACGGCUGCGGCAGCACCACGGCGGCGCAGCAAGUGCAGCACCCUGCGGCCUCCGAUGCAGCUGCAGGUGCAGAUCUGCUGCUGCCGCGCGGCCGUUGCUGGGGGCAAUCCGGAGCGCAGCGGUACUAGCAGCAGCAUCGCAGCGCUCAGGUGCUGCCCGCUGCAGCUGCCGCUGGCCUCGCAACUUCCGAGCCGCAGGGCGCAGCCCCACAUCCUCGGCCCGAGCGCCGUGCCGAUGCGCUGCAACUCUCUCCUGCCCGCUGCCGCUCUCUGCGCUCUGACGCCGCCGCGCGCGCCCGCUCCCCGCUCCGCGUCCUGCGUUCUGUCGAGACGGGCAGGCCGGGCGGCGAGGCGAGCUGUCCUGCGCUCCUGCGUGUGCGCUCUGCUGCUGCGCUGCGUGCCUGCUGCGCUGCUGGGCUGCAAGCACUCUCGCGCCGCCGCCUGAAUGUGCACGCUGCGCUUGCCGGCGCGGCAGAAGCAUCGGCGGCCCCCGUGCGGCCACACACGCAUGAGAGGGCCCAGCGCCCCCUCGCCGGCACGGCUUGGCACUCAGACUGCACA